CGCCUGAGUGGCGGCACACAGCUCACACCACAACCACCCAUCUUCUUAUUUGCACUCACCACCACACCCAAAUUUGCGCAUAGUCCGUCAAAAUGGCUCUAGCAGGUCCAGCAGGCACAACCAUCAACCCGGAGGAGACGGAGAACUUCGAGGAGAUUGAGAAGCAGUUCGCCGUCAAAGUUGUGCAGCACAUGGAGACAUACUGGAAGAUUCUUGAAAAAGUUCCAGGUUCCAAACUGCGACUGACCAAGAUCGACGAUGAAAUCUACGAACACCUCAAGAAGGACUUCCCCGAGUUCGACGCCUCUGCCACAUUGAACGAGGAUGAGAUGAAGAGCAAAGAGGGCAAGGAGCGGUGGCGCAAGUUCAUCAGCGAGUACGAGCACAAGGUUGAGGACUACAACUUCGGCACCAUGCUCCGCGCAAGUCCCAAGACCGAGUACGACCAAGAAGGCACCAUAUUUGCUGUUCGCAUGCAGUUCUACGCCAUCGAGAUUGCACGCAAUCGUGAAGGCUUGAACGACUGGAUCUAUGAGAAGGCGCAGGGAAAAUAAUUCAAAUAUAACAGUUUGCACAAUAUAGAUACCCAACCCCAUCUGCUGGGGGUUCAAGCGUGCACCUGCACUAGCUACAUGCAACCUACGACUGGCCUAGCCUUCGACCAAGCCAAUCAGAAAGUUGGUUCUUUGUUUGUCUACGCACGUUCCUGAACAAGCGACCAUUGACGCCGGCGAAUCGUCCGAGAUGACAGACUACGUUGAGAUUGGGAAUAAAUCAAGGCCGCUUCAUGCGCAGAUACUUAAUUCUGCUCACUUAUAUGACGAAAACAUACUGACCAAGUCGCUGCACUCGAUUCUCAAUUUAGCAAUUUUUGGAUGUCACAAAAUGUGUUUUGGGUGGCAAGUAACAAGUUCAGCAAUACCACAAUAGUGACAGG